UUUAGCUUUACCUAUUCAUUUUUGGCUAGGAGAGAUAUUUAGAAAUGGGAUUGAAAUGCUUUCAUCAUUCAUAUUUUGGAGCUUCUUCAAGUAUUUUCAUUCUGUUUCGGCCAUGAAUAUCAAUAGUUUAUGAGUUUGAAUGGAUCCAGUAACAUCAGUAAAGGAUAGCUAUGGGCUUAAGGUAGGCUAUGUAAUGUUAUCAAAAGGCCAGAGCAUUUUAUGUCUUCCCUGGAUCCUUCUUCAGCUUAGCGGAACUUGGUAUGAUGCACUUAUAUUGCUGACUACUGCCUCUAUUGAAAAGAUUUUCCUUCGUCAUGAGGGACUGGUGGUUAAUCCCUGUGAACCAUCUUUGGAAGUGAAUUGUCGUUACUACAUUUAUCAAUGGUAGAAACCAUAUUUUGGAUAUUACCUUUCAUCGAACCGCUGAUUCUGGAAGAGAAGUUUCCAAACCACAUCCAGAGUAUUCAUUUCAUGGGCUUUAGACUGAACCAAUUUCCAUAACUUUGGUGUGUCAUAACAUCUGGCCAGAACUAUACCAACUUUUAGACCGUCUGCUAGAUAUUUUGAUUGAAAUAAGUGCCAGAGAUCCACUCUCCUCCUCCAAUCAUGUACCAGCGUUUCUUAUUUGCAUCAGUUUUCAGUUGUUUUUGGAGAGGAUAAAACAUACUGGUUUGAUCAAGAGUACAACCAUCACUCCCUCAUGUGCAAUUCUACCAGCUGCAAAUAAUUUGGCUCUUAGCUUUUAAGAUUUAGAAUCAAUUCCAAUGGUUCUUUGUUAAUUUGUUUUAAACUUGCACAACUGGAUUAUAUAUUUGAGAAAUGGUUACAUUAGUCAUCUCACUUGGACUGUGUUCAAACUCUGGUUGAUAAUGCUUGGUAUCUCAUAUCCUUGUAUCAGGCAGUCCAUCGAUUUAUACAGCAGUGUACCAUCUCCAAGUCUUAACUUCCUGGGGACGCCUACGUUAUCACGUUUAGGCAGCUCAUUUAUCUCUUCUUCAUUAACAAGAAGAUACACUCCUGAAGUACUCCCUUCUUCGCAAAAACCUCUAUUACCACCAGUAGCAAAUGCACGGCAGCCACCAGAAAGGCGUAGUUCACUUUAAAUUUACACAAGCAGUUGCAGAGGCUCUGCCCCUUGGUGAUGCAUCUGUGGAUGCUGUAGUGGCCACACUUGUCCUAUGUUCUGUCAAAGAUGUUGACUUGGCGCUGCAAGAGAUUAUGAGGGUGCUAAAGCCAGGUGGGCUCUGUGUGUUUGUGGAACACGUAGCAGCAGAAGAUGGAACAAUUCGGAGAUUUUUCCAAGGGAUUCUUGAUCCUUUGCAGCAGUUUGUUGCUGAUGGCUGUCACUUCACUAGAAAAACUGGAGAAGUUAUUGCUAAAGCGGUCUUCUCAUCUGUUGAACUUCAGCGGGCAUUUGUGUCUUCUGCCUCAAUAGCAAAUCCUCAGGUUUAUGGGAUAGCUCGCAAGUAGCCUAGAUUAAUGUUAUGCCACAUAAAAUAUUCCUGCUGCAAACCUUGGAAUAAUUAUUUGAAUACUGAGUGUGUCUAGUGUAUUUGGAUAGAGUAUCAUUUGAAAUAUUAUUUAAAAUAAUUAAUGUAGCACUUUUUGUGAUGUG